AUGACUGCAAAAUCCGAUGAAGGUGCUGAACAUAUGAAAAAGCCUGCUCUUGAUUCAAGAAUAGGCAGAGACCUGCCAUUUGCGUUUGGACAAAGAUUUUUAGAUAGUGAGGAAGAUGUGUUCAAACACAAUGCAUGGGAUAAUGUUGAUUGGGACGCUGAACAACUUGAGCAGUUUCAAUUAAGUAUUGAAAAGCAAAAGGAGGAACCAGUUAAUGAGUUCUACAGAAAUGAAUAUAACUCUAAGCCAAAGAAAUAUUGGGAUAUAUUCUAUAAAAACAAUAGAGAAAACUUUUUCAAAGAUAGAAAGUGGUUGGAAAUAGAAUUCCCAAGUAUCUUUGAAUGUACCAAAGCCGAUUCUGGCCCUAAAACAAUUCUGGAGAUUGGCUGUGGUGCAGGUAAUACCAUGUAUCCCAUCCUAAGUAAGAACGAAAACCCCGAAUUGCGUGUAUUUGGAUGUGACUAUUCGGAUGUUGCCGUUAACCUUGUUCGUAGUAAUGAGAAUUUUGAGUCACUAAAUGCUGCAGGAAAUGCAUAUAGCAGUGUUUGGGAUUUAGCUAAUGAAGAAGGAAAAAUCCCAGAUGAUUUGGAAGAAAAUAGCGUCGAUAUAGCUGUGAUGAUUUUUGUUUUCAGUGCAUUAAGCCCAGAACAAUGGGAACAGGGCAUUGCAAAUCUAAAAAAAUGUCUAAAGCCAGGAGGAAUAAUACUUUUCCGUGAUUAUGGAAGGUAUGACUUGGCUCAAAUUAGAUUCAAGAAAAACAGAUUGUUGGAUGACAACUUUUAUGUAAGAGGAGAUGGAACUAGGGUUUAUUUUUUCACUGAAGAAGAACUACGGGAAAUUUUUUGUACUAAAGGUGAACUCAUUGAGGAAAAGAUUGGAACUGAUAAGAGACUGCUAGUGAAUAGGAAAAAACAGUUGAAGAUGUAUAGAUGUUGGUUACAGGCUGUUUUCAAGAUGCCCGAAGCGUGA